AUGGCAAGGGGUAUGGUAAUUUCGGUCUGGGACAACUGCAGUGUGUGUUGUUUAAUACAAAUGGGCCAUCGCUGGGUCGUUCCUGAAGGUCACUGUUUUACCCAUGGUGAUGGCGUGACCAGUUUACAAAGGGGUGUUUGUCAUUGUAAUGAUGUUGGAUACCUUUUCAAGCAUUCUGCCACUCCAGAAAUAGUACCAGGUAGUGUUGAAGACGUCUGUCUUACUCGCUUUGUCAAGUUGUGGACCAAUUUUGCUAAAUUUGGAAAUCCGACUCCAGAUAAGAAUGACGAUUUGCUGAAAGUCGUGUGGAAACCUGUAACGGAUGCCAAUGUGGAUUUUCUUGAAAUUGGGAAAGAAUUGGAAGCCAAGUCGAAUCCAGUGACUGAAAGACUGCUGCUCUGGAAACAGGUGUUUGCUGAAAGUUCAGCUGGAAAGAAACAGACUGAUGCUAUUUGA